GAAAAUUCAAUAUGGUGUCCAUCGUUGGGAGGUAUACGUCGGAUUUCUGUAUUUUCAGAUAAAAUUUACGUCAGAAAUCGCACGAUUUACCGUAAUUAUGAAAAUUCGAUUGAAAAGUGUACGUAACGCAUAAAAGUUGUAAUGUCGCGGUAGUCGAUCGUAGAAAAAAGUGUAAAACGUAUUACCUCCGAAAUUCGUUAGCUAAACUAUAUAUUUUAAUAAAGUGAAACUAAAGUAUCUUGGAAAUUGGAAAAGUCGAAAGAGAUGGAAACGAUUAAAGCGGAGAGUAUUACGGACGGAAACGAAUGCGAGAUCGAAGAAGGUAGCAUCAAAGAUAAGAGUGAAAAUUCCGUAAUAGAUAUUACCAGUCUAGACUUUAAAUCUCGGCUUUGUUUGAAAACAACCGAAACUUAUGGAGAUGCACAUACGAACGGAAUAUCUCGAGUGAACGGUGUUUGUAAUUCACCCGAAAGAACUGCCAGUACCACCGAUCUUCCAGAAUCACAAAAUAUGGAACCUAGUCAUUUAAAUCAACACGAUAAAGCAGAUUCGUCGCCUCUGGGAAACAAGGACGACAACAUCCGAUACGUUAGUUACACGAGCGAAUUGCAAAUGCCUGAUAUAAUGAAAUUAAUUCAGAAGGACCUAAGCGAACCCUACUCUAUUUACACUUAUAGAUAUUUUAUCCAUAACUGGCCAAAAUUAUGCUUCCUGGUGUAGAAUUUACAGAAAACU